AACUUGCCGCGCCUCGCCCAUAACUUCCUCUUUCAUUCUCCUAAAACAAAUAACUGAUUAAUCCCAUCCUAAGCUGAACACCAACUGCCACCCUCCCCACCGUAAUACGACAUUGUCGUUUCAAAUUCAUUUCUCCAUCAUUUCAUUUUCUGCACCCGAAUAUCUUUUCUUGCUUUUUCUUCUCAUCGCCACAAUUCAUCCCUCAAUUCAUUUUUCACGUAAUAUUUUAAUAAACAAGGAGAGCUGGAUCCAUCACAGGAACCAGCGCAGUCCUUGAAGGCAACCGCCGCGGCCAACGGCCAGAUCCGUUAUCGCUCCCCUUCCUCUGCUGAACUGAUCGAAACUGGCGCUUCAUCUGCCACUAUCACUUCUGCCGCCGCCGCCGCCACUUCUCCCACCCAUUCCGAUCACCUUCUCCACCAAAUGCCGUCCGAGAAGAUGAAGCGCCCGGUGCCUCGGCAUGAGUCCUUGUUCGAUAAGAUCCACAGGUAUCGGGGAGUCCUAUUUGUCAUUUCGAUCCCGCUCCUCUUGAUCGUAUUUGUCUUAUUCUUUAUGCCAAGUCGCUCUCCGGCUGCUGGCGUGGAGGAGUACGAGUUUAAUAACCGGAAGAUGUCGCCCAAUUUGAAGGAUGUAAAGAGAUACGCGGUUAUUUUUGAUGCGGGAAGUUCAGGGAGUAGAGUGCAUGUCUAUUGUUUUGAUAGAAAUAUGGAUCUUGUUCCCAUUGGCAAAGAUCUCGAGCUUUUUGUCCAGGUUAAACCAGGUUUGAGUGCAUAUGCAAGUGACCCACAUGCUGCAGCUAGUUCUCUUCUUUCCCUGCUUGAUAAAGCUGAAAGUGUAGUGCCCAAAGAGCAACGAUCAAAAACUCCUGUCAGAGUUGGGGCUACUGCAGGGUUGAGGGCAUUGGGAGUUGAGGCUUCUGAUAGAAUUUUGGAUGCGGUUAAGGAUCUUCUGAAAGAUAAGAGUAGCCUGAAAUCUGAGGUAGAUGGAGUAACUGUUUUGGAUGGGUCUCAAGAAGGUUCUUAUGAAUGGGUGACAAUAAAUUACCUAUUAGGAAAAUUGAGCGGACCAUUUUCUGAAACAGUUGGUGUGGUUGAUCUUGGUGGUGGAUCUGUUCAAAUGGCAUAUGCUAUCACUAAGGCAGAUGCUGAAAAGGCUCCAAGGGUAUCAGAUGGAGAGGAUUCAUAUAUAAAAGAAAUGCGUCUGAUGGAUACUGACUACUACCUUUAUGUUCACAGUUACCUUCACUAUGGUCUAUUGGCUGCUCGAGCAGAAAUUUUGAAAGUUUCUGAAGGUUCUGACAGUGCAUGCAUCUUGGCUGGUUAUGAUGGGGUUUACAAGUAUGGGGGAAUCAAGUAUAAAGCAUCAGCUGCUGCUUCUGGUUCAAGCUUUGAAGGAUGCAGGAGUUCUGCUCUGAAGGCUCUCAGAGUUAACGGCUCGGCAUGCACGCACAUGAAAUGCACAUUUGGUGGAGUAUGGAAUGGUGGAGGUGGGGAUGGACAAAAAAAUCUGUUCGUUGCUUCAUUUUUUUUUGACAGGGCUGCUGAGGCUGGUUUUAUCGAUCCUGCUCUACCUGUUGCCAAGGUUCAUCCUGCAGAUUUUGAGGAGGCAGCUAACCGCGCAUGUGAAACUAAACUUGAGGAUGCGAAAUCUGCAUAUCAACGUGUUGAGGAGGGUAACCUGCCAUACUUAUGUAUGGAUCUUGUUUACCAGUAUACAUUGCUUGUAGAUGGAUUUGCUCUUGAACGAUGGCAAGAAAUUACAUUGGUGAAGAAAAUCAAGUACCGGGAUUCCCUGGUUGAAGCUGCCUGGCCACUGGGCAGUGCAAUAGAGGCAGUGUCAUUAUCAACAUGAUUCUAAAAUUUGCAUCCUGUUUAAUCAGCGAGUGGAAAUUCAUGGCACUGGCACCUGGUUCCUCGCAUCUGCAGCUUGCAGCAGAUUUACAGAGUUAUAAAUGCUUGAGAAAUCACCAGCACGUGAAAUGGAAAUUGGGUUUUGGCCUUAUAUCACAGGAAUAAUGAGAAAGAAAUAGCUCCAUUUAUCAUCAUUCGUAAUUACGUUACAAAACGUUACGAUUUAUAAUUUUGGAGAGAAUGAUUCAAUUCAAUUACUUCAUUUUACC